AUGUACUCUGUGUAUAGCAAAGACACUGAAGCGGAUCGGCUGGUUGCCGAGACGCGCUUGGACCAAAACAUUCCCGAGCCCCGACCCCAAAACAAACCUCUUCCUCCUCCAUGCUCUGCCAUUGACCACCCUCUUGAACACCCCCAUUCAUUGAGCAUGUCUCAAGAUAACACGAGACACUCAGGCGCGUCUUCAGCAAGCUUUACGGUGUCCGAUUUCGACCCUGAACACGAAGCUAUGGCCUCGACCCGAGAAUUGGACUUCAGUCCUCGACUUCCCAGCAACAAAAUUAGAUCUGGACGACAACGCGUCCAGGAAGAAGAACCCGAUUUUGCCAUUAACACAUCUACUCUCGAAAACGCCUUUCCCGAAUUCUCCCAGAUCCAGACCUCCGAAGAAGACGACUCGUCCAACAGCGACAUGUCCAUUGAAGCUGGACGCGGCAUCGCGAAACCCGCCCGUCGCUUGGAUGACUCGCGCAGCUCCGUCAUGAGCUUCGAAAACAGUGUGCGCUCGUCAUCUCCUGCCGUUCGAGUGGAUUACCCGACGCCCCAAAAGCCCGCCAUGCGUUCCACGUCGCGACGCGCAGUCAGCGAGAACCUCCGCAAGGAUGCCCAAUUGCGACGAGCCAGCCAAGCCCAGAAGGAAGCCAUGAGCCCUCAAGUAUCCAAGACACAACGUGCGGACCAACGGCGGUCGCUUUCCGAAAUGCACGCCAAAGUCCGCGACAACUAUGAUGGUUCGUUUCUUGGUGAUGAACGUCCUGCACCCGUUGCGGCCAACUCUCGAUCGACGCGUUUUAGCAAUCCACACAACUCCCAGGAUAUUGCUGACGCAGUGGAGCGAGCAUCACGGGAGGCUUACGCGAAGGAGAUGCGCAGAGGAAGCAUGCCGAACAAUGUUUCCAAGCCGGCUGCCAACGUUACCCAUACAUCGAAUGCUCCCGGGGACACCAUGACCCGGCAGUCUUUUCUUCUCCCCGACCUUCCUAACAUCUCCGAGCUUGUUUCCGGUGUCUAUGAAGAUGGCACGCCGGUCUUUUCUCGCCAGCAAAAGAUGCGCUCUACCAGAUUCGUUCCACUUGAGCAGGAUGCAACCGAUGUUUCCUUGACCCGUGAGCAUAUGCCUCUGGAUGCCGUUCCGAUCCCGGAAGAUGAGAAAGCCUUGUUUGUUUCUCUCAGACUGCUUCAGGACAAGGUGUCUGAGCUGGAGAUGUUCAAGUCAGAAGCAGAGAAACGGCUUGAGGGUUAUCGUCAGGAAAAUGCCACGUUGAAGGGCAACCGGCCUCGCAAUUCAGACAGAUACGAGACGGAUGAUGUCGACCAUAAGAGGGGAUCGAAACGGUUGGCAAGUGAAAACCAGAAGCUGGAAGCUGCCAACCUUGCCCUUCAGAACCAGUUGGAUAUUGCCGAUAGAAAGGCUCAGGUUCAAGAGUCUGCCAUCAAGCGACUCAAUCACGACCGCGAGUCUGCCAUUUCCCAACUUGGAGCCGCCUAUCUUGAGACUCGGGAGCUCAAGGCCGAGAACGAGGUGCUCCGACAGGAGAACGGGGAGCUCAAGUCCCAAUCCACCCGCAUCUCGAGCCGAAAGUCUCGCGAACAGGAUACAGUUGACUCUGACGCCAGCUCAGCCAUCUCCGACGCAGAAGACAGCCAGCAUUAUACAGAGCGUACGGACAGGAGCCGCAGCACGAAAGAUGUGACCUCCAAGAGUGCCCGAUCCAACUACAAGAACAAGCGCCAGGAUGACUCUCGGGCCAAGAUUUCUACCCAGGUUAAUAAGGAGAUUUCUCGACUUGAGAAGGAGCGUGCCGAAGAGGCCCUCUUCUCCAUUGAUCUACCAACGCCCAAGCGUACAGCGCCAGCGAAAGCAGCGAAGUCUGAUACAUCUCGCCCGACCGAAUCCAAGAGUGCAAAGAAGCAACCGAAUACCGGCAAGCAGCGUGUCAAGCGAGUCGUGGUGGAGGAUGUCACUGAGCCGGUUGAGACGACCGAGCCGACCAAGGCGUCCUCUGGUGAUGAUGAUUUGACCUAUCUAACUUUUAUUGAUGAAAAUGAAAUUGCCCGUUUGCGCAAGACCCUCGAAGAGGAAAGAUUGGCACGCAAGCAACGUCGCUCGAGUGUCCCCAAGGACCCUACUGCCACAGAAACCGUCAAUUCUACCCGCCAAAGUAUUCUCAAGGCUCCUGCCCCUCGCAAGUCUUCACCCCGCGAGAGCAAGCCUGCAAUCCCGCGGCCUGCGUCGGCUGCAGGUGACAUUACCACCGAGUCUCGAGCGACUACGGACGGGGACAACAGUCUGGCAGUGCCGACGGCAGAACGUCCACGACGCCACUCCGACCACUCGGUGCCGGUGAUCUCUCCGCGCAAGAAGUGGCGCAAUGUCGAGGACAUGACGUCCGCGUUCAUCCUGCCGGACAUCACGCUCCACCACGCCGAUUUGGCGGCCACCAACCCGUCGCGUCUGCCCGAAGCAGCCCUGAAAGCCCUGGAUGGGAUUGCCCAGCACGAUGGAAAGAACUGCAUGGUCUGCAAGAACGUCCUCCCCAAUGAUGGCUCGUGCAACCACGAACCCGUCAAGAUCCCCAAGCCUGUCCCCGUGUCGGAACGCAUGCCGAAGCCGUCUCCCUACAACGAGGACCCUACCCUCCGCCCCUCGCAGCCGCCAGCUAUCGCCCUUGCUACCGUCCUCAAGACCUUGGAGGACGAACUGUCCCAUCUAAAGAUGCAGCUGGCGUCCUACCAAAGCGCCUACAACAAGCUCGAUGCGUCUCUCGGCAAGCGCCAGCGCAAAUCACUCCUGGAACGCAUCGACAAGGUUUUGAAAGACGUCGACAUGAAGUCCGAUCAAAUCUAUUCACUCUAUGAUGUUCUGGAGGGCCAGAAGCAGGCCGGUCAUCAAAUGACCGAGCAGGAAAUGGAAAUGACCCUCGAGUCUAUUGGUAUUGAUGUGCCGCCUGUCCAGGAUGUCACUGGCAUCACGGACAAGUCUUCGCGUUUUGCUGUUCCCCUGGAUUUGGAUGAGGAUGAGGAUGAGCUUCCCUGGGAGGGAAUUGAGAGCACUGCUGACAUGACGGGUCGUACUGCUGAUAGUCGGCACUGA